CCAAAAGCCUCCUGCGGCUCGAGUGUCGUCGGAAAUUGCUGGUCGAUUUGUAUCGAUUUCGCGCUCAUGUUCGCAAGCGAUCGGCCUUCCUCUCUUGUCGCGAUCCAGGAUGGAAUGUUUCAGCGUGAACUCGAUGAGGCAUGGAAAUUACCAGGAUUUGGUUCGUUUCCGGAAGGGUGGAACCUGCUGGGAGAAGAGGUCGCUGAGGAUUAGUUGCCUGGUGCGCAGAGAGACUGCAGUGGAGAGGAAACCAGGUCCAAGCAUGUCAUCCCCAGCUGCGAACUGCAGGACCGUAUUUGGGCACGGUCGUCCCUUCCAUCUCUCCGCCGACUUCAAGCGGGCAGAAAUGCCGGAAGUUACAGAAGAAAUCACCCACCGCAAGCAACUGAUGUUCGUCGAGCCGUGCCAGCUUGCUGAAUUUUUAUUGUCGAGGGCGCAUAGUUU